AAGUGCACUGAAAAUGCAGUUUCUGUGCACUAGACACCGCGCCAAAUAUUCCGUCUCUUUCAUAGGCGGAGGGCGAGGGAUCCCACGGCAUGUCGUGUUUGUUUUCUUCCCCGCUUUCAGCGAUACAUGCUUGAAAGCUACAAGGCCCUUUUAGGGAUUUGAAAAGUCGUCUACGGGGUGAGUGAGCAGAGCUAGCUCUCCGAACCAAAAAAAAAGCAGGAUGCAGGCUGCCUUCUCAUACAGAAAAACAGCACUGGCCAAAAUAAAGAAAGCACUUCUGCAGCGAAACGCCUGAAAUGGGAACCAGCAGCCUGCCUUGCCUGGAGAGAAGGGAAGAAACAGAGGCAAACAUCCCGCCUGUGACCAACACGCAACCACGCUACAGGAAGCAGUAGCCUCCGGUGAUAAAUAGGAGCCCCGGCAGCACAGGAUGCGCGUGGGGUGAGCUCGGCGGGCCGAGGGGAUGUGAGGCAGUGUCCGUCCAUCCGUCCAGCCGGCGGGAUGGCCGCGUCCCUGCUGCUGCUGCAGCUGCUGACGCUGGUGACGGCGGUGGCACGGGGCGAGGACGCCGAGGUGCUCUGCUCCGACACCGCCUGCUACACGCUGCACCGGGCCGAGCUGGUCUGGAGCGCUGCCCAAGAGCGCUGCCAGCACGACGGCGGCAACCUGGCUCCAGCAGGCAGCCGGGCCGAAGCUGAGCGACUGGGGCAGCUGCUGGCAGCCAGCACGGCUGCCUCGGCCUGGAUCGGGCUGCGGCUGGAGCGCGGCCGCUGCGUGCAGCCCCAGGAGCCACUGCGGGGCUUUACCUGGGCGGCCAGCGGGGAGCCCGGCAACUACUCAGCCUGGCUGUCCGAGCCCCACGUCACCUGCCUCAGCACCCGCUGCGUCGCCCUGCGGCCUGCUGGCCCCCACGGGCCUCCGGGCUGGGUCGACCGGCCGUGCCGGGCCGUGCUGCCCGCCUUCCUCUGCAAGUUCAGCUUCCGGGGGAUGUGCGGGCCCCUGCGGCUGGGGGGGCCCGGCCGGGUCAGCUACGAGACACCCUUCGGGGUGCGCAGCCCGGCACUGGCGGCCGCUCCCUUCGGCACGCUGGCAGAGGUGGUCUGCGAAGAGGCUGAGAGCCCGGCCUUCACUGUCUGCAAGGGGCAGCCGGACGGGGACAGCUUCGCCUGGCAGCCUCCCGGGCCUUUCUGCCCCAGCACCUGCGCCCACAACAAUGGGGGCUGCCAGCAGCUGUGCCUGGAGGCACCUGGGCAGCCGUCACGCUGUGCCUGCCAGUCCGGCUAUGUGCUGGGCCCCGACAUGGCCUCCUGCCUGCCUGAGGAUGCCUGCCACCCCAAUCCCUGCCAGGGGUCCUGCCAGCCCCGGCCCGGAGGCUUCGAGUGCAUCUGUGAGGAUGGCUACGUCCUGGCACCUGACGGCCACCACUGCAUGGACGUGGAUGAGUGCCUGGAGGGGCCCUGCAAGCACGAGUGCCACAACACAGCCGGCAGCUUCUUUUGCUCCUGCCGGCCCGGCUACCAGCCAGCAGGCCCAGAUGGCCACGACUGCCGCGAUGAGGAUGAGUGUGCCCAGCCCCACGCCUGCCCCCAGCUCUGCCUCAACAUCCCCGGCUCAUUCCGCUGCACCUGCAGGGCCGGCUACCAGCAGCAGCCUGGCAGUGAUGCCUGCCUGGAUGUGGAUGAGUGCCUGCGGGACCCCUGCCCUGGGCCCUGCCACAACUUCCCCGGCAGCUUCAAGUGCAUCUGCCCGCCUGGCUUCCUCCUGCAGGAGGACGGACACAGCUGCCUCGCUGCACCCACCACCGGAGAGCAGCUGGUGGACACCGUGGGGACCACCUCCAUCCUCCAGACCGCCAGCACCACAUGGACCAUGGGCACCCCUAGCCCUGCAGCCAUUCCCGGUGGGUUGACACCAUCAGCCCCCAUGGUGGUGGGGUCAGAGCACAGCCCCGAGCACGGCGCUGAUGGUCCCCGGCUGCUCCUCUACUACAUCCUGGGCAGCCUGGUGGCCAUUCUGCUGCUGCUGGCCUUUGCCUUGGCCCUGCUGGCCUGCAGGAAGAGGGCGGCCAGGCGGGAGAAACCAAAAGCAAAAAGCGCGGCAGACAACUACUGCUGGGUGCCCGAGCAGCCCGAAAGCCGCAGCAGGGCAGGCAGUGAGCGCAGGUAACGGUGCCCGUGCUGUGGGGCCGCGAACAAAGGAAAUGCAAAGGGAAGGGGGGUGGGCGAUGUUCUGUCUGAGAUGAUUUCGCAUGCCUUCAUGUCUGAGAGCCUGUCCUGGGGCUUUGGGCAAAGCAGGAUCCAAUUCCAACCCCAAGGCAGGUGCAAGUGUUGGGUGUGCAGAUAUGAAGGCAGUCCAAAUCAUGUCGGGAGUGUUAGCUGAAAUGUAUAAACCUCUGCUUCCUGAAGUGAAGGGUUAACGGGGAAGGAGCAGAGAGGCUGAGAUGGAACGGGGUGGGGGUUCCCUUCCUGAGUUGCUCCUCAGCUCUGCAAAACCUUACCAGACUUGGAAAUAGCAAAGGA